AUGGACAGCCCAAAGUACCAGCCCAUCUACCUCUCGCCCCCCUCCUCACCCCCCAUCAUCCACCACCACCUCAUCCCGCCUCGCAGCCGCAAGUGCAACCUGCUCCUGCUCACCCUCGUCCCCAUCGCCAUCUGUCUCUCCUCACUCACCUUCAUCGCCUUCAAACAGACCCACGCAACCUCGCCCUCUCCCGCACGCAUCUCCAUCAAGCUCUUCGACCAGCACCAGCGCCUCAAGUCGCAGGCCAAACAGCUCUCCUCAGACCUCCUCAGCUGGCUCGACUCGGUCCCCAACCCUCUCCGCUCCUCAGCCUCGCCCGACUCUGAUCCCGACAACCCCCUGCUCACCCCGCCCGACGAUCACUCGCCUCACCCAAUCCUCCCUCUCCUCCUCAGCGCACGCCAAGCGUGGCAGUCAACCCUCCAAUCACAGCCACUCUCGCUCCAGCAGGCCCGGAUCGACUACCACCAGAAAUUCUAUCCACUCCAACCACCACCCGGCUUCGACCAGUGGUUCCAGUUCGCCCGGCUCCACAACUUCACUCUCAUCAACCGCUUCGAUGGCCUCAUGUCCGAUCUCCAACCGUUCCGCCAACUAUCCCCAGCCGAACUCACCCGUCGCACUCAGGAGCUCGUCAAGAUCCCCGGCAUCACCCUCGUCAAAAUCAACUCUGACUCCACCGUCCAAAUCAGCACCCCAAGCGGCCGCUUCGCUGCCGGUCACGCACUCCAACAGAUCAUCGAUCACAUCCACGCCCAAUCCGACUUCAAACUACCUCCGCUCGAACUGGCCAUCAAUGAACAUUCCGAAGCAAGAGUCUUGCCUCGUCAGACCCGUCCGCUAACAGGCGAAGAAUUCCAUUAUCUCUCUGAUCAGGAUCGGAAGAUCUACGACCAGCAUGAUCCAGAAAAGAAACCCUCGCUAACUGGCUUCAAGCCCCAAUGGGGACGAGAUGGGAACGUAUGGGAUGCCUACCGACGAGCAUGUCCCGCUGACUCUGCUGCCCGACGUCUGGUCGAGACCAUUCGAUCUGCCGAGUCUCUCACCGGUGCCGUCGCGGCUGGUGGCGGGCUAUCAUCGAUGAGCUCAACUCAAACACACCUUUCCAUGAACCGGCCCACUCGGCUUCGCGCGCUUCAUCCAGUCGGUACCGCCCCUCUGCCCUCGCGCAGAGAGUUGACAUUCCUGAGUGAACUCGAAUCAGCUGCCUCAUUCUGCGAGCGACCAUCCACUCACCGGCUCCAUUCAGCCUUCUUCGCCGACCAACGUUCAAUAGAACAUCUCUAUCCACUCUUCUCACCCUCAAAACCCCAAGGCUUCGCCGAUAUCCUCAUACCAUCCUACUAUCACUAUUCCCCACGCGCCGAAUUCGUCUACGAAUCUGAUUACAAAGCCGGUCGGAACUCGACUCCAGCCGACAUGCCAUGGAAUCAAAAGGCUAACAAGAUGUACUGGCAUGGUAAACUUACCAGGGGGGCAGACACUCCACCCGGCCACAUGAGCAGCUUCCAGAAACAGCGACUAGUCAAGUUGGUCUCAAACGAUACCGAAUCUACCGCCUCAUUGUCCUCGAUGGCCCACAAGCAGGGCGAAACCGACCCUUCGUGGCGCUCAGAAACCAGUCGAGUACUGGUCUCCCUCAACGUCACCUCCCAAAACUUACUCUCGGUUUCUGCACCGGCAACGGUCGUCGAUCCACUCAUGUUGGAUAUCGCCAUGGCCUGUGAUCCCAAAGCUGGGGAAUGUCAUGAACUUCACAAGCAGGGCUACCAUAUCCAACCACCAGCACCUUUGAGCGAAUGUUGGAAGGCUAAAAUGACUUUGGAUCUCGACGAUGCUGGAUUCUCUCCUCGGUUCAGUGCGCUGAUGGAAAGUCGAAGUGCGGUCGUAAAAAUGAGCGUCCAUCAAGAGUUUUGGCGAGACUGGGUACAACCUUGGUAUCAUUUCAUUCCUCUCUCGUCGUCUUAUGCGGAGCUGCACAAUUUGGUCACCUUUUUCAUGGGUAUUCCGGAUAUAUUAAAGGAGCAAAUGCUCCCGAUUAAGAAGGAAAUGAAACGUAAGAAGCUUGAGAAGCGAUCGGUGAUUCCUGAUGAGACCCGACAGGACCAGCGACCGGAAGGAGAAGACGAAGGAACCAAGCAGUCCGAGGAGGCCGCGGGAGCCGAUGGAGAAGCACUAAGGUCGGAGCAGCAGAAGAAUCAGACGGCUCUGCCAGACGGUGCGAACCAAGAGCAGCAGGGGCAGGAGAAGGCAGCCAUCGGGCUCGAGGGAUUCGAUGCGGAUGAUGAGUUAAGGAAGAUUGCUGAGAAUGGGCGGGAUUGGAAGCUCAGACACUUGCGGCAAGAAGAUAUGGAGGUUUAUCUAUUCAGAUUAUUGAUCGAAUGGGCAAGAAUCUUGGAUCCUGAUUCAUCAUCAACAACAGCAUCACCAUCAUCCACAACAACGACCGCGACAACACCCUCAACAUGA